UUUACUUUUGCCCUGGACCAAAAUGGAACAUUUUGGAUGACGGUGUAUGAUGUAAAAAGAAAGCCAAUAUGCAGGCUUUUGAAAGCUGCUGAAGUCGAAGAAAAAUCCCUCAAAGCCUCGUCAGAACUAUCCAUCAUUCUGAUCUGCUCCAUCGUGUUCUGCGUAAUCCUUCUGAGUCUGAUCAUUCUUUGGCUCAUCCUGAGACACAGGAGGAACAAUUCCCUUCCAUCAAACACCAACGAGACCCAGGAAAUGUCCGUCUUUCCCAACGAGCCACCCGAGUACCACGAAGUCCAAUAUGGAGAUUCGAGAAGUGCCGCCGAGUACGAAAACGUCGGCGCCGAGGAAGGACUGUACGAAGAAGUAAAAUACGACCAGGUUGGUGCCACGCCCUCUUCUCCUGGUCUCUACGAGCAGCCGAUAUGUCUCAGCCCGCGAUCGGCGAGGAGAGUGAAAGCGAAGCCUGAGAGGCCGCGGACUUUCGAAGAAUUUGGAGAUGCGCCUCUUGCUCCAGUCGAGUACGACGACGUCGGCCCUCCUGAACCGGAUGAACCUCUCUACGAUGAAGUUGCACCGGACUACACCACACCACGUUUCGAUGACACUUCUGAAUCGGCACAGUACCUGAAAAUCUUGCCAUGAGUACCAACUGAUCUGGUUUUUUUAGAUGAAUAUAAAUAAUAAUACUUAAUGUUCCGUUCGUAGACGCAAUAUUCUCUUAAACAUGUGCCGUAAUUAUAUUUUAGAAUAAAAAUAAAUCUUAAUUGUUAAUUAUAAUUAUUUAAUGUUUUAAACCAUUCCGUAAGUCCUGAGAAAUAAACUCUCUUAUUUAUAAAAUUGCUGAAGAAACAAAUAAUUAAAAUCUAUCUUGU